AUGAAACAAAGCUUACAAGCUUCGAAAGCGGGACAAUGGCUGAAGCAAGGGCAGACUCGAUUGGAGCAGGAAAGGGUAUUGCAAGUGCUUCGCAGCAGCUCAGCUACUCCCCGACCCGCGACACAGCAACCACCAGAUCCAAAUGACUUUUCGUCUUCUUCAGAAAGUAGCCGUGGCCGUGGCCGGCAACCACCCCCCAGCACCAGCUCACUUGAACAGGUUGCUCGGGCAUCACACAGUCUGCAAAGGUCAUUCGAUGAUAUUUAUGGAGACGACGACUCCCCACAACUCCCACCCCCCACACAUCCUGACCGCAAUCGUCGCUCUGCACCACCUUCAGUUUCUUCACGCGCAUCUGCAUCGUCGUCGUCGAUUAAUUCUUCUCCAGAACGAGAUCAGCGCCAAAAGCCUCGUCCGCCUCCCAAACCACGCUCGCUGACAUCUGCCAUGUCGCCCUUCGAAUCCUCUCCAUCACAAACUCGUUUAACGAGGUCUCAUUCCCUCAAGCCCUCACCACCACCCCUUGUACCUCGCGUAGGUCGGGUGCGACCGGAGAGUGUGCAUGCCCUUCUCAAUGGCAUUGGAUCUCUUCGCUUAGGAGAAUCGCCAUUUGGUGAUCCAGCCCGAAGGGGGGACCGAGAAUCACUUGUUUCUGCACGCGAUUCAGCCGUGGCAAAUGACGAUUCAAGUUCUUCUGACGACGAAGUGGAUGGCUGGGCUGGGAUGAAUGCUACCUCAGACCGCGUUGGGACCGUCCGUUCUCGCGUCAGUGCAUUAGACGCAGCGACUAUUCGCCAUCGAGGCGACAUUGAGCGAGAUUCACUCAAGUGGCCGGUAGAUGUUGAAAGAGAGGGCUGGCGGCAGUUGUAG